AUGCAGCUGCCGUCCGGAUCGCCACAAGGUGGUAAAAGGCGCGGGAUAAAAUUACGUGAAAGGAAUGAGGAAGGGCGAUACAGAACUGAAGAAGCAACGGAUGUCGAUGGACUCGACGAAAGUUACAAUGAUGCUGGUGGCGAGCUGACCGCAGGAACUCCAACAACCUCAGUGAUUGCCCUCUGCAUUAGUAUUAGUGAUAAAACUGGUGGUGGUUGUGAUGAUAUUGGACUAGCUAGGAAGCGAUGUCGUCGAGAUUCACCGAGGCAACACCACCAAGCAAAAGUCGUGGAAUCAGAACCAAGUACCACCGCCAGUACCGCUGAUGAGAUCGUUUUCGUAUUGUUUGAUAAGCAACAGCGAUUAAUUUUCAAAUAUUAA